CCUUCUCAUCUCUCUUUCUCUUCACGCUUCGGGAAAGUCUCUCUCUCUCUCUCUCUCUCUCUCUUUUUCUCGGAGGAAGGGUUUGGUUGGUACGAAGGGAAGAAAGGUCGAUGGCGUCGUUUGGGGAGGCUCCGCCGGGAGAUGCGAAGGCUGGGGAGAAGAUCUUCAAGACCAAGUGCGCUCAGUGCCACACCGUCGAGAAGGGAGCCGGCCACAAACAAGGUCCCAAUUUGAAUGGCCUAUUUGGAAGGCAGUCUGGUACAGCCGCUGGAUAUUCCUAUUCUGCUGCCAACAAGAAUAGGGCAGUUACGUGGGAGGAGUCAACCUUGUACGAUUAUUUGCUCAAUCCAAAGAAGUACAUACCUGGCACAAAGAUGGUUUUCCCUGGCUUGAAGAAGCCUCAAGAACGUGCGGAUCUGAUUGCAUACCUCAAGGAAUCAACUGCCUCAUAAUAAAGACGUCUCUGUUCUCCUGCUCUCCUUGUAUGCGGUGAGGAGACUCUUUGGAUGCUGAGAAACUAUUUUUUGGAAUAAGACCGCUUGGGGUGUCAUGCGGUACUCUCCCAUGUGGUUCGGCUGUUUCAUCUUCUGAUUGGAAGAAACGUUUCAAUUGGUAACUCAUUUCUUCUGAGCAUUCCAUUGCGCCUGUUACUUACAUUUCAAUAACCACAAUUUUCUUAUUCUCAAUCUCUAUGGAAGACCAAAUUUACCGGGAAAAUUACAUUAUAUCCUUUCUUUGGAAGGAGACAUAUAUAAGUAAUUUAUGAGAUUGUGUGCUUGCUCUUA